AUGUGGUCGGAUGAUGAUGACUUUUUUGCGUAUUCACCGUAUUAUUUCGGUUCCGAUAUGGAAGACAGUGAUGUUGACGUGUACAACUUUGAUGAAGAUGACUUUGAAAUGUUGAGGAAGUACGUAGAUUUAGCCGCUCUUCUCCGUCGAGGUCGAGAAGAAAGUAAGCUUACCAAACCAUCAGCGUCAUCAACCACAGAAAACACUCCUGCCACUGCCACCACUACUUACCAGCUACUCUCCCUUCAAGACUUGUGUUGUCGUGUCAUUGCGUUGAGGUUCCCGUUCGCUUACAUUGAGCAUCGUUCCCCUCCAAUUCCAGAUGAACUGCAAUUGAAGAUAAUCGCGUUUUCGUUUCCAGAGGAUGAGCAGAUGAUGAUGAAGUAUGCACAGUUUAGCCGUGGUGGUGUCGACGUAAGCUUAAACACGGCGAGAUCAGUGCUUGGAAACGUGAAAAAUCUGAAUCAGAUUGGUAGGUAUGACUUGACAAUGGUGCUUUUAAAGCAAAAAGAAUGAAAUAAGUAAGGUUGUAUCAAUGUGAGUUUUGCUCAAAUUCCAGGGAGUUUUAAAAAAUUUUCACUUAUCCAAUUUAAGGUUAAGAUUGAACAUAUAAAUUGUACAAGUAACUAAGGACUCAAUUCUUCCCUGUGAUAUUUUAGGCUGGAAACUAACGGCUUAAUGACACAGUGUAUGUUAACCUAAAGCAAUCAGUGUUAGUUCAUGUUAAUAAUAUCAAAUAAGCCGCAGGGGCGGAUCUAGGGGGAGGGUGCAGGGGGUGCGCACAAACCCCGCCCCCCGCCCGCAGAUGACCUGCGGUUUUCUAAUACAACUGGUAUUCUGCAAAAAAAAAAAAAGUGGUUUAUUGGUGUUGAAGUAGAGCAAGAGACGAGUGCACUCCCUCCUAAAAAAAAUCCUGGAUCCGCCCCUGAGCCGUUAUGUAAAUAUCCAGUUUGCCCCAUUGUCCAUACCUUUAACCAGUUUGUGCCCUUUGUCCCAUUGUUCAGUGUGUUGCUUUUGAGGUACAUGUGCAACUCACCCAGGUUACAUGUAUAAAGCCUGGUUCUCAUAUGCUGCUGAUGUAUCUGCGACAUAGCCACCGGUACAGCCUGGGACACGUCUUGGACGAAUGAGAACAUGCACCCCCGGCAACUGGAGCCAUCGCAGAGCUCUACCGCUGGCGUGCCUACGAAGUUGAACUUGAGUCAACUUUGCAGGCAUGCCAGGGGUAAAGACUGGGAUGAGCAAUGUUGCCGGCCACUUCUGUUCUCAUAUCUGAACAGUAUCCCAGGGAGUACCGGCAGCAGGUGGCAUGUAGGCAAGCAUGUAGCAGGUGCAUCGGCAGCAUAUGAGAACCAGGCUUUAUAACUCUAUUGAAAAUGUGACCCCAUUGUAGUCAAUCCAGUCAUGAAAAUGCUACCCCAUCUAGCGGCACAUCCCCAUUAGCCUCUUAUAAGGAAGUACCCCCCUUCCCCAUCCCUUGGGGUAACUCCUAGCGCCUUUGCUGACUCAAUCGCUGUUAGGCUUGUUUUCACUUGUGACAAAGUCAGUGAGAGUCAUAAGCACAGUUGUUAGGGCUAUCUUUCAGUAAAAAUAUAAAAUCAGAGUCAGAAGCAGAGCCAUAGGUAUGACAGAAUCAGAACAUUCCAUAGCACAGUUGUUAGGGUUAUCUUUCAGUAAAAAUAUAAAAUUAGAGUCAGAAGCAGAGCCAUAGGUAUGACAGAAUCAGAACAUUCCAUAAAAUUCUAAAUCUGCUUAAGGUUUUAUCUCUGUUGCUUACCUGUGCAAUGUACUGAACACUAGAUUCUAGAAAAAUUCCUCCAUGAAUAAGCCCCUCCAAAUAUAGGCCACCCAAACUCGUAAUGCAAAAAGACUCCUCUGUUAAAUUCCCCCUCCGAAUAUAAGCACCUGAGGGCUUAUACUUAGAAAUUGCCUUAAACAAGACAAAAACUGGUACUGUAACACGUAAAUAUUUUUACUUGCCAACAAACUAUUACUUGUGCCAAAUGAUUGCAGUAAAAAUGUUUCACAGUUUAUUCCUGUUUGUGUUGUUCACUGUUCACUCUUGUCUUGGAUUUGUUCGUCCAUAGACAAAGUACUUGCAAGGAAGUUCUAUUCUUCCAUCCUGCACCCAAAUUCCUUCUGGUGUAUUGCAUUUUCAGUGAAGCAAUUUGUGGUUUUAAUUUCAGUCGCGUGGCUGAGUUUUAAAAAGAGUCUACCUCCUCAAGACGUUUUCAGUAAAAAUUUCUGACAUAAAGUUUCUUCCAACUGUAAGCAAGCCCAGUUAAUUCUGAGACACAAAUUUUUCUCUAAGUAUAUAAGCCUAGCCAAUUUUGUAAUUCACCAUUUCUCUCUGUAUAUAAUGUACCUAUCAAUGUAAACCCCGUGGGGGGGGAGUGUGGGCAAGGGGUCGGGAUUUGACAAAUUUUAAAAUUUUUUGAUCAAAUUCCCCAGGGUGGGAAACGAAAGGUCAAUCAAAAGUGUCAAAGAAAACCCCACCCUAGGGGAAAAAUCUAAACAAACAAUACUAUAAUACUAUAUAAAACGAAUUAAAGAACAUUUCAAAAGUACGUUCUUACUACUUUUUUUUAAGGUUAACGUAAGCUCCGUUAAAUUACUCGCUGUAAUUAAGUAUUUUCUCUCUCCACUAACAUCUCUUAUUUUGAACAACAUAAUCACUCCAGGAAGAUUGACCGUGUAAUUAUAUUAAUGAAACGUAAAACGCUUUAUAACAUCGGCUCAACAUGUCGGAAUAGGUCGGAUCAGUGACUUGCAAAAAAUCCUCUGACUUUCAUGGUAGAAUUCGAUUUCAAUCGAGGUUUACAAUCAGAUGAGAACUUGAAGAUAAAAGCUUUCUCAAAAUAGACAUUAUCUGUUUAGAUGACAGUGAAAAGUAUCGGAUUAUGGCGAUUAAAGGAAAUGAAAACUUCAUAACUUUCUCCAACAGCAUGACUUUCAGAAAGCCUCUAGGGAUGGACUUGGUUAUCGAUUCUGAAUUGAUACCAGGCUUCUAUCGGUCAAAGUCAAAUGUCCUGACCCCAGGGUCGCUGCGCACGAUCAAAAGCCCGACAGGGGAUAGUCUCAGGCAUCAAAUCCCCUCCCUUUGCCCGCACUCCCCCCCCCACGGGAUUUACAUUGAUAGGUGCAUAAGCCCCUCAGAAAGGGCCUUUGAAAAGUAUAUUCCCUGGGGCUUAUUUUCAGAAUUUUAUGGUAUAGGAGUUGAAACCGGAAACAGACUGAUAACCAAUCACAAUGUUUUUCCAUGCUUUGUGAAUGAUUUAAUUUUUUUCUGCCUCUGUUUGGGAGUAACAUGUACAAAAUUAUUAUUACGUGAACAUUUUUGUGGGCCCAAAUUUUAUGUAUCCUGAAUGGGGCUGGUGUCCCUUAAUAGAAAUGUCCCAAAGGAGGGGUGCCACUGUAGAUUGUAGGUGAGAGAGGCAUUGGAGGAAUCAGAAUUUCUGUUUUCACCAUAUCAUACAGUAUAAUUGUAAUAAUGCUCUAGAUGCUUCUGAUUAUGACUUGAAUUCUGAUUCUGUUGCUUGCGAAAGCCAGUUGCACAUGGUGGUUAUCCCUGCACAUAAUGGGGGCACUGAAGUGUCCAACCCAAACCCAGUGAUUCUUUCAUUAUUUUUUGUUAAUCAAAUAAGCUGAUGGUGUGACAGAAUGAUAAUGAGUUUAAAACAGAAGGAAGGAUAGAAGCAAGGAUAGAAUUGAACCGCACUGAAGGAUUGGAUUGUUUGACAAUUAAUGCAACAUCCAAUUUGCAUUCUGACUUAACUUUUGGUGAAUGUGAAAAAUGUAAAAUUUUGCAUGGAGCUUAAUGCACAGGUCAAUAAAAAAUAAUGCUUAUGGAGUACAAAAAGGGGCAUAGAUUCACUUUUACUGCAGUGUAAUUUUCUGUGGUGGUGGUAGAUUUGACCAAUUUUACUGUGGCUACCAGUUGCAUUUGCCAUCAAAUGAGUUUUCAGUUGAAACCCUUAUAAGUUUUCAUGGACAUCAAUCAACUCUUUCCAUGGUUUUUUCACUUGCUUCUCUCAUUGUUCCUGUUUGAAGGGGAAAGACAUGCAAGAAUAUUUUUUGAAUUAACAAGUCUUUCAAAUUUUAUGGAGAUGAUACAACCGAGAGGAAAAAUCUUUGGAAGGCACGUGUUAUUAGUACCACAACUGCAACGGCCUACAGUGUAUAAAAGUCCCUAACUUUGACUGGUGCCUUUAUUAAAUCUUGCAGGCUUCCGUUUGAGUGCCACGGUUGAUCAAAACAGGUCCAAUGACAGUGGCAAUGGUUUUCAUGUAACUGUUUACUUUGAUCGUGGCAAGAUAACCUCAGCUCACUGUUCAUGUGACCAGCCAACAAACUGGUGUGUGCAUGUUAUAGCAACAUGUUUGGCAAGAAUAAAGGACAAGAAUACUGUGACAAUUCGAAUGCCAGUCUCUGAUUCGCUUAAUUUUCUGGAUCGGGAUCAGUUGAUAAAAUUUGCCCAGUACCUUCUGUAUGAACACCAGAAUGAAAGUAUUAUUGAAACUGCGCAACAGCUGCUUGAUAGGCUGUUGUCAAAAGAACAGAAAGGGCAAGAAGAAGACAUAAAUGCAAUUGCAGGUGCACCUGAUCCCACUGCUGGUCCUGGUAAGGCAGUCUAUCAUUAUCACCAUCGUCAUUAUCAUCAUCAUCAUCAUGCUUGUUAUUUUAUUUAUAAAAUUAUUAAUACUGUUAAAGGCUAAAAAAUGUUUUAAAGGAAAUACAUUGUAAUUAUAGCUCUGGAAAAGCAGCACAAUUGAAUCUAAUUUCUUUUCCAGUUGGUUUGCAUUUUUGAUUUCCAGUGCAUUGGUAGUUUUCCCCAAUAUAUCUUGUAGACUCUGCGAUUAGAAUAGUUAUCACAAGUUAAAUUAAUGCAAAGUGAGUUUUUUGAACAAGAAUGUAAAUUAUUAAGAGGGAAACCAACUGAAAGCAGUUUAGUUUACUUUCCAAACUGGUCCCUUUUCUGUUUGCGAGCAAAGCUUAAAUAUAUGCAAAAACACAUCAUUUGUACAUGAUUAUGUUUUUUGUUGUGCUUGACUUUAUUAGGUCUUGAUGAAGAGGCUCACUGGUUUGUCUGUAAAAGUGGAUUCCAAUCCAGGUGUAAAAACUUGAUGUUUGGAUCCAAUAAAGAUCUGGGCUUUCUCAAGUAUGUUGAUGAGGAUAAUGAUGUUGAGAGUUCUGUUAAAGAAGUGUGGGAAAGAAACUGCCUUCAACAGCCACUUGUUAGAGGUAACAACUGUUUAUAUAUGUAGUACAUGUAUAUAAAAAUAUAGUUUUUGUCUUGCUUUAUGUGGGUAACUGGAAAUUUUUAAGGGAAAAGGGUGUCUAAAGGCUGGAACAUUUAAAGCAAAGUGCAUGAUUGUAUUAAAGCUAAUAAAACUGGAAUUCCCAAAGGGGAAGGGGAGCUCAAACCAAAUGCCUAUGAGUUAGGGGAGUACUGUAUUUAUUUGAUUAACCGCCCUGGGUGCUUGUUAAAUUUUUGGACUUUUCCAGUUGGUUUGCAUUUUUGAUUUCCAGUGCAUUGGUAGUUUUCCCCAAUGUAUCUUGUAGACUCUGCAGUUAGAAUAAAUAUCACAAGUUAAAUGCAAAAUGAGGUGGGCGCUUAUUAAAUUUUCAACAUUUUCAGCAAGUGUAGUACAUUUAUUUUGCAACAAAACAAUAAAUGGUAAUAUAAUAACAAAACGCGAAGAUUUAACAAAGCAAGGUUUUUGUAAAAUACUCUGAAGAAAACCUUUUGGGGGGUGGGAGGUGGGGUGGGGUGGGGUGGGUGCUUAUUCGAGGUGGGCGCUAAUUCGAGGUUGGGCGGUUAUUCGAAUAAAUACGGUAUGCUGAGUGCUUGAAAUAAUAGCAUGUCAACAGACAAUGUUCAGUCAAAAUUAUAGACUUUGUUCAGACUCAAAUCUUCCAGGAUCAGACUCUGUCUCCAGUCAUUUAUAUAAUAAUAUUGAUGCUUCACCAGCUUCUUACCUGUAGAACUUUUGAUAUGUGAGGGUUGUAGAGCUGGGAGAACUUUUUCUUCUUGAUCAAUUCAAGUUUGGUUUACCAAAUGUUUGCAUACAUUGUAUAUGUUAUUAUUAUUUAUAAUAUUUUGUUGAUAUUAACAAAAAUAGCAUUUCAGUUCUUUGAAAGAAAUUUUAUCAUUAUUAAAAAUUAUAGUACCUGCAGGGCACUAUGUAAAUGAUCCCCCUUUCCUCCUUAAAAGUGAGCCCUCCAUGCUGUGUCCCCCUUCACUAACCCCGCAACCUUUCCAGCACCUUAGUUAUAGUUAAGUGAAUGGCCGUGGUUUUAUUUCUUGUUUUUAGAUGAAAUGGAUGUACAGCUGGAUGAUAGUCGCUAUGGUUACUCAAAGACAUCCUCUCGGCAGCAAAGCAUUCGUCAAGUCCUGGAAACCAUAGCUGAUAUGCUUCAGGAUGAUUUCAUGAGUGCUGUGUCAGCUCUGACAGUGUGCACUGAGCAACUGAUUCAACGAUUAACUGUGCUGUGCAAAGUGAACUCUCCUAGAAGUAGAUACCAUACACCAAAGCCAAGAAACCAGAAACCUAAAUUAAAUUUAAGACUUUGCGGAUCCCAAGCAGGAGGCUUUACCCCAAGACUUUCAGAGUAAGUGCAGGGAACCAAAAUCAUUCAUCUUUUCAAGGCAUUUGCUAAAAAAAUCUUUACAACAAAGAAUUCAUUAAUUACGAUGUAAAAACAAUAAUUAUAUAAACAUCAAUGACAAUUAUUAAUUUAUCAUUCUUCUUAUUUAAGCUGUACAACAGUCAGUGAUGAACUCUCUCGGCUUUGGAGAUUAGCUGUCCUUAGUCCAGGAAUUUCAGUAAAAGGGAAUGAAGAAGUUGUUGAUCAGCUGAGGACUUUGAAUGAAAGAGGUACUAUUAAUAAGUCUGAACUCAAUAAGAGCGAAGAAAUUGCUGGUAGAAAUAGGUCUCCUGGAUGUUGUAUGUUGUUGAAACAUUUUGCUUUCCUGAAAAACAUUUGCUGUAAAUAUUAAAUCUAGGGCUUUGACUCGGAGUAACUUAUUGAUUUUUAUGAACCGCUGAUUGGCCAACAUUCACAACCAUUUUUCUUGGAAUUAUGUAUCGUUAACCAGAUUGGUCAACUUUGUCUAUAUAAGUGGCCCUGGUUACAGUUGUCGCACUGUAAUACUAGUAAAUACAAUGUUAAAGUACAAUUAACUAUGUAAUAGGAUAAAAACCAGCAUUUAAACUAAUCAUGCAAUCCUAAUAAAAAAUAAAAUAAAAUAUAAAAUGAAAUAACUAUAAAUAUGGAACAUUUACAAGCUUAGUUAAAAAGUACUGUUUUCAAUCAAGUUUUGUUAAUGAAAUAAAAUCGCUGGUAAUUCUAAUUACAUAGGGUAAAUCAUUCCAUAGCUUCAAAGCAGCAACCACAAAGGCUCUGUUGCCAAGUCUUGUCUUGAGAUAAUGGUGACAAGAGAAACUUAUUGUUUGUCUUUAUUUCUUUUUGUUAUCAUAUCUGAGAGGUAUUUUGAUGCCAUAUUAUGGAUCACAUAGCCUUCAAAGUAAUUAUAGUAAGGAUCUUGAAUAUAAGCUCACGUACCUUUGUUGACCUAUUGGGAGGAAACUAGUGAUCUCAAAUAGUAGGAACUUCCAGUGAUACACAGACUACCUAACAUGUUUAUUUACAAAUCCUGUGUGUGGCUUUGUUUUUAGUUUCUGUAGCUUUUGUGACUGGUCUGCUGCACCCAUGGCGUGGCCUGGAAGUGGCCAUGAAAUUAUCCUCAGUCGACUGGAAUUUACCUGACUUUCAGCAGGUACUUAAAGGACAGUGGACUAACCUCCCUGUUGUAAGCAGCUGUAUGGCUAUCCAGUUGACAUGCCAAUCAAAGAGUACUUAUGUGUCAGAGUUGAUGGCGCGAAAGCGGUGCAGCAAUGAUGUCCGUGCUGUGACAAGUACAAAGGAUGAUUCAAACAUCACACUUUCAUUUUACAGCCCUCACUGCAUUGCAUUCAGCUCUCGUUGCAGCAUUGAUAUUCACUCAGUAUGUUCCAUGAUCGAGGCUAUAAAUGCUUCUGGCCAUCACCGGCGUGCCAUGUGCCUCACUGUGGCAAUAUCAUAUGCUCUUGUUUCAUUCUACAAGAAGGUUCUCUUUGGACUGUGUGAUGCCUCAUCAAUGCCUGUGUCUGCCAGAUGCUCACUAGGGACUGCACUGUACCAAAGUGGCACAAAGGCAGACAGCAACAAAGAAUCUGAUUGUCCUGCAGAAAUAGGUGUUUCCAGCAACAAGCCAUGCACCAGUUCCAUUUGGCCAGAGGAUACACUUUUGGCGAUUAGUACAUUUGCAUUCCUUUUUGAGUUGUUGUCACAAAAGCCUGACUUAGUUGAUGCAUCCAUUGCAAAAAUGAGAACCAAGCUAAACCUUGAUAGUUGUUCUUCACGCGACAGUGCAUUUGACUGUCCAAAGUCAGCAAUGUCUCUGAAGUUUCAGCUUGGAGUAGUGGGGUUGUUUCUGCAGAGGUUGCCUGCAUCAUCUCUUCACCAUGAGGUAUAAGUGUAAGGGAGUGUGAUAGUCAAUUUCGUUUAGUUAGCAUACCACAAGUAAAAUAAGAAAUGCUCCAAGUCAGAAAUAUUUAACAGUUAUCGGAUGAGGCUGAGUAUAAUGUGAAGAAUUAUGCAGACUAAGGGAGAAUGUUAUGGGCUAAGGUGGAUAACAGCUUCCAAGAUCUGCAUAAUUCUUAAAAUCAUGCAAAAUCCAAAUUCAAUACUUAUUUUAUUCUGCAUUCAAACAUUUCUAAGCCCUUAACAAGCUUUCCUCCUCGUAAAUGUCCUUUUUCUUAUCCUAUGUCUCUGCACGGUUUCAGGAUAUAAACUGAUGUGUUUUCUUGCAGAUACUCCUCAAAAAGUAGAUGAAAUCCAUCGAGCAAUAUGUUUUGCAUGUUCUUGCAUUUCUUCCGUUCAGUUUUAGCCAGACAUUCGGCUAUAUCGUCUUCACAUAGCCGUGGACGCCAUUGUUUUUGGUUCACUGUUACCCAUUAGCAGUUUACCUAUUGUAUAGACUACAAUUUAACCAGCAACGUAGAAAUUAAAGUACUUUGCAUUUAGUCAAGUGUUUAUGAGGUAGACGCUAUGGAAUAACUGUUCUGCAUGAGUCUGGGAAAAUUACCUCAGUUGAAGUUAAAAUUUGUAUCUGGCAUGUUUCACUUGUACCUUCAUCAAUUACUUGAAUUAUUGACCGUUUGUUCAGCCUUGGAGCUUUUUUCUGCAUUCUGAUUCGUUUACUGACCAUUUCGUUUGUCGGGUGGGAUGAAAUGAGAUAUCCAAAAAACUAUGAGUAAAGCAAUUAAAACGUAACAUUGGACAAUAAGCGGCUUAUUUCUAGUAGGUAUUUUCUGUUUGUUUUAUUUUCAAUGUAGGUGGAAGAGUACCAUUAUGAGUGCUGGCUAACCUACCAUCUGAUCUGCUGUAGUCCAGCAGAUACUGACCUGUCAUUCCUCACACGUCUUGGACAACACGUCUCUCAGGGAGUUGCCACGCCCAGUCCAGCACCUCAGUCAUCGCUAUCACGGGUGAUAUUCCACCAUCUUUUUAAAAGUGCCCCUGCAGCACUUAGCAAGACUCUAUCAGAACAACAACAUGUAGGUCUCAAAGCAGCGCUUAAUGUCUUGUCUCACGUCAACAAGUUCACGGUUAAAGAUAGCUCUCCCACAUGGAUGCUUUUUGAGUAUGCAAAUUGCAGACUUUGGGCGAAGUUAGCAGAAGUUGUUCUUCGCUCUCUCGCUGACUCUUCAGAGCUUUUGGAUGAAGCAAUGCGUUACGUUCUUCAACCCAACGGAAUGCUUGGUGCCCAGUCGAUGGACAAUGUGUCAGUUGAAACAACGUCGAGUAAAGUACUGUCACGCUUGCAGGACGUUGAGUUGUUAUCUGGAAAAUGCCGUGUGGCAUAUUGCCUGGGACGGGUGCUUAGCGACAAACAGGGUACCUCUAUAAGAGUUACGCAGUAUAAGGCACAGCAUGUUCGAGGCACCAUGACAAAAGGAGAGAGUUCCGAGCUGGAAAUUCCAAGGAAGAUACAUGUAAUGAACUCUGAAGUGGAGAAGGCUUUGAAGCUCUGUGCUGUUCAGAUUGUUGCGCACAGUCUGUGGUUACAGGGGUUCAGUGAUAAAGAUCACAUGUGUCAGGCUGAUUCUGUCAGGUACCUGUUUUGAUUAAUUGUAAAUGGUGUGGCUACUAUACACUGUAGCUACACUGAAAUUCCAAAGUACAAUUUAAGUGAACAUGGUGCCAUUUUCGGAUGGGACAAUCCCCGCCUCCCUCCUGUUUGCAGAUGACAAAAAUGGAAAGGUCCUUUUGGCGGGAAUCUCGUCGAUCAAUUACUUUAUAAAAUUUUCUAAUACUUUAACAUUAAAAGUUGUUGGUUAUCUUAUCGUUUACUGAUUUCCCUUGCAUUUAGUCCUAGGUGGCUAACAGAUCUUGUGGUCAAUACUGGAGUUGAAAGUCUUGAAUGCCUUGUUCAAUGCAAGGGAGAUGUAACUACCAUCCUCAAACAAGGCGACCUACUGGAUCUUUGCGAGAAAGUUCUCAGGGUGAGCCAGUGGGAUUGUGAAAGAAACAAAAGGAUUGGGGUUUAAGGGAUGACUGAGAUGGCGUUAUCGUGCUGAAGUUUUGAAGAAUUCAAAGUGACUUUUCAAGUGGCAUUGUAGCCGUCAUUGCUGUCGUGGAAUUUUUGCUUUUUUCUUUAAUUUCUGCAGCUUGGUGGAUGAAGUGGAUGUGCUCAAGUCGAGCAGAGUCAAAUAAAAUUUCUUUUGUUACCCUUGUAAAGCUGCCUAUGCCUCCGACCUCAUUUUCCUUCCAUUGUAUAAAAAAAUUCUUCGAGUGUAACAAAUAUCAUGUUGUACUUAAAUGUUAAAAUAGUUUUUCACAUUUAUCAUUUACAGAGGCUUGAGCCAGAGACGCAAGUAAAAGCCAAUGUGCAAAACAUUCUAAUGUCAUUGUUACAAAAGGCCAGCCAUGGUAAAGCAGAAGAAGAUAUGAAGAGCAUCAUAUCUUUUUGCAGGUACAUGUAUGCACGGCAAAUUACCAUUAUUCAUAGUUCCCUCUAAGUGUCCCCAACUUCCAGGUCGAAUUGGCGUUUACAAGUCAGCGCAAGGUUACUAGGAGGAAUUCUACAGUUUUUGUGCAGAAAUUCUCAGAGAAAUUCCACAAAACUAUGCUUGUUUUUGGUUCACUUUUAAGUGAAUACUGGAGUUUUGCCUUGCCCAUGACACAAAGUGGCAGCUCAUUUGUCCUCAAAAGACUAUGAUUUACGAUUGGAUCUCGUCUCUUUGCAGUCAGUAAAACUUGUAAUAAGCAAAGGUUAGGAAGUGCGGGCAAGAUAAAUGCAAGGUGUUUUCGGCUGAUUGAAGGUCAAAACGAUCGUGCUCAGAUUACGAGUGUUAAAAGAUCUAAGCGCGUGAUCAUGGUUUUAUGCAUUCCAUUCAUUCUUAGUCGAAGUCCAAUCAAACUUAAUGCUGGCGUAUGCUUGAAAGCAACCUGAACGUAAGGAUUGCGUCUUCUCUAGAUCUGGUCACCCACAGAAAUAGUUUUGUAUCGUAGUUUUUUGGUGUUGCGGACAGUUGCAAUCACCAAAUUACGUAAUACAAAAGACUGAGAAUGACACAAAUACCCACACCCCAAAACAAAAGCGAACCAACAAUAGUUUCUGUAACACCAGAUUCAGUAAUUGCUGGGAAUUGUUUAUGGCUUGAGAAUGUGUGUAAUCCCAAACACUAUAAAAAAAGUUCUCACGUGAUGCUAGCUUGAUAUGUAAAUCAUUAAUUUGCUCAAGAUAGCAGUCUGCCAAAAGGUUGGUUAAAAGCUAUUUUUCAGGUCUAAAUGAUUAUUGUUUAAAAUAUCAACUGAAAAAAGAAAAUCAUCUAGUACCGCAUGUUUGCUAGACGGUGCAAAUGCUUAUUCGUUCGCGGCGCUCAUUCUGUUAUUGCGCCCUUUUAAAAAAUAUGGUGAUUCUUGAACUGCGUUCAGCACUUUAAGGAUCAUUUCUUUACGCAAACACAUUUUGACAUGCAUUUCUAAUACAUGUGUAGAGGAAGGCGAUGUGACCUGCAACUGGAUUUACUGCCAUGGAUUUGCACAAGAAUUCAAACCCUCAACGACAGUAAGUCGUCUGUGCCGUUUGAAGUGCUCAUGGAUGCCAGCCAUGGUAUGCUGGAACAUUACAAGGAAAGACGGGCGAGAACAGAGAUUGAAAAAAGGAAGAAGAAGUCAGAAGAAAAACUUAGCAAAACUAAUUUGUUCCUUAGACGGCUUCCACCAGGGACAACUGAUGUUUACUUACACAAUUUAUGUAGUGGGUCAGUGAACAUUUUCAUUCUCAUUCAUCCCUCGUCAUCCCAGUCACCCCUUGUCAUCCCGCUCAUCCCUAGUCAUCCCUGUCAUCCCAGUCAUCCCUUAUCAUCCCAGUCAUCCCUAGUUAUCCCAGUGGGCCCAGUCAUUCUUAGUCAUCCAAGUCAUUCCUAGUCAUCCCCAGGUCAUCCCUAGUCAUCCCUGGCCAUCCUUAGUGAUCCCUAGUUAUCCAAAGUCAUCUCAGUCAUCCCCAGUGGAUUCCAGUCAUCCCUAGUGGAUCCCAGUCAUCCCGCUCAUUCCCAGUCAUCUCAGUCAUCCUUGGUUUUCCCCAAACAUCCUUAGUCAUCCCGGUAAUCCCUAGUCAUCUCAGGUCGAUCUUAGUCAUUCAAAGUCAUCUUAGUGAUCCCUCGUCGAUCUUAGUCAUGUCUAGUCAUCCGUCGUCAUCCCGGUAAUGCCUAGUCAUCCCAGGUCGAUCUUAGUCAUUCAAAGUCAUGUUAGUGAUCCCUUGUCGAUGUUAGUCAUGUUUGGUCAUCCCUAGUCAUCUGGUAAUGCCCAGUCAUCUCUAGUGGCACUAGUCAUCCCAAUCAUCCCUAGUCAUCUCUUGUCAUCCCAGUCAUUCCUGGUCAUCCCUAGACAUCCCAGCCAUUCCUGUUUUUCCUGAGUCUUCCAAGUCAUCCCUAGUCAUUCCUAGUCAUCCCAGUCAUUCCAGUCAUCCCAGUCAUCCUAGUCAUCCCAGGUCGACCUUAGUCAUCCAAAGUCAUCUUAGUGAUCCCUAGUCGAUCUUAGUCAUUUCUGGUUAUUCCUAGUCAUCCUGGUCAGCCCUAGUUAUCCCAGGCGUCCCUGGUCUUUCCUAGUUAUCCCGGUGAUCCCUAGUCAUCGCCAGUCAUCCAAGUCAUUCCUAGUUAUCACGGUUAUCCCUCAUCAUCCCAGUCAUCUCAGGUCAUACUUAGUCAUCUCAGUCAUUCCGGUCAUCCCUAGUCAUCCCUAGUCAUCCCGGUCAUUCUCAGUCAUCCCUGGUCAUCCCUAGCCAUCCCAGUCAUCUCUAACAUUUCUAGUCAUCUCCGUCGGCCCUUGUCAUUCCUGGUCAUCCCUUGUCAUCCUUUAAGUCUUCCAUGGUCAUCCCCGGUAGUCCCUCGUCAUCGUUUGUCAUUCCAGUCAUCUCUACUCAUUUUGAUCAUCAUUGGUCAUCCCUAGUUAUCCCAGUCAUCCUUUGUCCUCUUUAGUCAUCCCAGUCAGCCAACUCAUUUCUAUCAUCAUUGGUCAUCCCUAGGUAUCCUAGUCAUGCCUAAUCAUCCCUUGUCAUCCCUGGUUAUACUGGUCAUCCCAAUCAUCACUAUUCAUCUCUAGUAAUCCCAGUCAUUCCUGGUCAUCCGAGUCCUUCCAGUCAUGCCUAGUCAUCCAACAAUGCGACCAUAGUCAUCCCUACUCAUCCGAGGUAUCUCUUGUCAUAUCAAUCAUCCCUUUUCAUGCUACUCGUCUCUAGUUAUCCCAUGUAUCCCCAGUCAUUUCAUUCAUGCCGUGUCGUCCUAGUCAGGAUGACUGUGAUGACUAGGAUGCCAAGGGUGACUGGGAUGACCCAAUCCUAUGUCAUUCUAGGUUUCCUUGUCAUCCUUGUCAUUCCAUUCAACUUUGGCAUCCGAGUCAUCCUAGUUAUUAGAUUAUUUUAGUAUUGUGACGUCACAAACAUUUAAAUUUCACAAAAAUGUGAUUGACUGAGAUGUUUAGAAAGAACGCGAUUUAAACUGUCCAUUUCCAAAAAUUUGGCUGGUUAGAGCAAAUUGGUGGUGGGAUUUAAGCAACAUUUCGCUCUGAUGACUGUCUGUAAAUCUUCUAAAAUUGACCUGGAUCGGAAAAGGUACGUUUUAAGCUAAUUUUUGAAGGAUUUGUUUGGAGUCAUCCAAGCACCCUGGUGCAGUUUUCAUUUUACUUCUGAUUAUCCCACCAAAUUCAGUAGUGAUUUAAAUUUAGUUUUAGUUACGUCAUCAUUACUCUACUCUUAUCCUAAUCAUAAGAGGUAUUUCAAUUAUCCCAGUCUUCCUACUCAUCUCAAUUAUCUUAUCAUUCCUGUCAUCUUAGUCAGCCUUGUUAUCCUAGUCAGCCUAGUCAUUUAAAUCUUCCUAGUCAUCCCAGUUAAAACUAGUCUUCUCAAUUAUCAUCAUCAUCCCAUCCAUCCCUGUCAUCCUUGUCAUUCCAGUUAUUCCAGUCAUUUUUGUCAGCCAAGUUGUCUUAGUUAUCCUGUUGAUCCCAGUAAUUCCGUCAUCCAAGUAAUCCUAGUCGUCCCAUUCCUCACAAAGGGGAGGUUUGGAUAAUGUGGAAUAGAGGAGCAGCAAAAUAAUCCUUUUUUUGGACACUCUUUCCUCCACAGAUAUGGAAGUAUUGUUUCCACAAAGGCUGUUGUAGAUAAAGAAACGAAUGAAUUUAAAGGUAAUUCAAUGCUUUUCCUUUUUUAACGUCUUGGACUCUUACAUGUAGGUUAACAAUGCAAUAAAAGCUGCCCCCGUUUAAUCCAUUUUGGCUUUACAAAUGGGAGGCCGACCUCCAUUAACAAGGCUCACAUCUAAUGCCGGUCCAUUUAAUUAGAGUUGUAAGUAUUUGAUUGUGAUCAUCCACACUUUCACACGUCAGCUCGCUCGUAAGGAUCCACUGCGUUUCCACCACUUGUGACGUCAGUACAAAUUGUCACUGACUACUUUUAUAGCCUUUUUAUGUGGGAGGACAAGGUCGGUUUUCUUAUGACCGAAUGCGUGGUAUUCAACCAAAUACUUAUAGAGUAGAAAACUACCCAAACACCGUAUUAAGUCGACCAAUAAACGGGGAUGAAAGAAAAAGAGAGAGAAAUAGAAAAGAUUGAUAUCUGACUUUGUGAAAACCAUGAAAUCUUUGAACCCAGCUGUAAUGUUUCACAUUGUUAAGAUAGAUAUCAGUCGUUGUAUCCAAGCUUAAUAAUGGUUUCUUAUUUCUAACAGGCUAUGGGUUUGUGAAUUUUGAGACUGCAGCUGAGGCCCAAAGGGCAGUGAAGGCCUUGAAAAGUAAAGGAAUUCAAGCCCAAAUGGCAAAGGUGUUAGGCCUCUGUAUAUAAGCAAUGUGUCAUCCUCCUUGAAUAUUUAAAAUCUUUUCACUUGCUUGUGUAUGUUUCCCUUGGCCCAAACUUAAUAGGGAGCAUAAUACACUAUAUUUGCCCUAGUCCCCCCUCCGCCACCAAAAGUUGUUUUUUUCAUAUGUUCUUGGGGUUUUGCAGUUCUCCCAGGUAUUAUUUGAAAAUAACAGCUAAUGCAAGAUUUUCGGGGGGAGGGGGCGAACAGUGUGUAUUUAGGGGGAUUUGAAAAUAGAAAUGGCGAAAGGCGAAUUACAAAGAUCACCAUCAUUUUUGAUGGUAUUCAUUGCUUUUAUUGUUUACCGUUCUCCUUUUCAUGUAAACGCAAUGCCUAAUCUUUCUAAUGGAUUCUCUUCAUCAUACUGACUCUUUUGGGCUCUUUCAUCAUUGAAUUCAGAACUAACAGUUGUAUUAUCUUUUCUGUCUUUGAAAGCCCAAGCAUGUCUGUAACCCUUAAAUACCGAUUAUUAUUGCUGCCUGCGGUAAAGGCUGUGUAGACCCCUGAUUAGCACGCACAUGUAAAUGCAAUAUCAGCUAUCGCUCGAACAAGAAUAAUUUAGUACAAUACGUUGUUACCUUACAGCAUACAUUUGUUUUCUCCUUAGCAACCAGAGAAAGACCCCACAAAUUUAUAUUUUUGUCGCCUUCCAAAGCAUUUCUAUGAAGCAGUAAGUCUGAAUCUUACUUUAUUCUGUGUGUAGUUGUAAUCUUUAAUGGACACGGUCUCUGUGGAUUACGCAACAAACAUUAUUUUUUCCCACUCCAAUGAUGAUGUUUAAUUACUGCUCGUUUUAUGAACCUUAACGUUCGUGUGACCUGAACCCUGUUCUUCUCCAAAGAUUGUCAAAAUUCAGCAUGACAAGCCGUCAUUUUGGAUGUAGAUUACAGCCUCGUCCUCCUGUGCGUGACAUCCUUCUGUCUAAUUUUGCGGAACUUAGUAAAAAGAAAAAGAAAAUGAAGAUUCGUCAGUUGGGACCUUACUACAAACGAAAUUAUCCCUUAUCUACACAAAAGAAAAUUUGGAAAGUUCAUCGAUAGCUUUCUAGAUUGAUCGGGAACUCUUCAGUUUAGUGAACCUUCAAACGAAAAAAGUGAUUGGCGAUCUUGUCUAAGUUGAUGACUUCUUCUAGAUAUUGGUGGAUUACUUGUGUCUCUCUGUUUAUGAGGGUGGUGGGGAGGGAAGCAACCACACUGACAUCGCAAAACAUUUAUUAUGAAUGUAGCAGUUUAUCGGAUCUGCAGCACCUUAGCGUAAAGGUUUCCAAAAUGGCCAAUCCUUUCUAUCAGAAAGUGUUAACCAUUCUAGAAAAAAUAAUGAAUUGUUACUGUUUUUGUUCUUAUAAGGAAUUAGAAUCCUUGCUAGAGGGAUAUGGUAAAGUAAUCACGACCAGAGUAUUGAGAGGUGCCUACCAUGUGAGUAAAGGAGUAGCAUUUGCAAGGUAAUGUGUGUUUCUCUACUCUGCUUUAAAUUGGUAUGACUCAUUUCUGUCUGGUCGCAAAUAACGUAUACUUAUCGGUGAUAAGACUUCUGACGACUUCAAUCUAAACUGUGGAGUCUCCCAGGGCAGUUGUAUGGGGCCUAUUUUAUUUACUCUCUACGUCUCCCGCCUCUGUAACAUUAUUUCUCAGCACCUCCCUUCCGUCCAUGGUUAUGCUGAUAACACCCAGAUUUACCUCUUCUUUCGACCUUGUUCUAUCCAUUCGGAAAUUAACGCUCUCUUUGUGAUUGAAAAGUGAAUCGUUGAUGUUCGCUCUUGGUUUAUUGGAAAUCGUUUAAUGAUCAAUGACGCGAAAACUGACUCUCUAAUUAUUGGCACCUCGUCAACAACUUGAAAAAACAUCUAUAGAAUCUAUUAUCAUUGGUGACACCGUCAUUAAACCUUUAGAAAGCGUCCGGAACCUUGGGUCCUGGUUCGAUGCUCAUAUGCGAAUGAAUGUUCACAUAGGCAAGAUUUGUAGCAAGGCUUUUCACGGAGUAUACAACAUAAGACAGAUCACAAAAUUCCUUAUCAUGCAAUCCACAAAGACACUGAUCCAUGCCCUUGUAUCUUCGCACUUGUUUACUGUAAGGCACUUCUAUUUGGUCUAGCUAAAUAUCAA